AUGAAUUAAUAGAUAUCAUAAGAAUAUUUCAUUCAUAAGUUUGCAUCUAUCUCAUUGAGCGAAAGUACCAAAUCUGUUCACCUAUGAUUAGCUGAUGAUGACAAUUCCAAACAAAGUAGUCCAGCUUUAGAUUCUCGAUUAUUAGAAUUUGUAGGGACUCUUCCAGCACACAUUAAAUAAAAAUUAGAAAAUUUCAAACCUAACUCAGACUUUUAGGUUUCAAAAUAAAGUGAUGACAGUGUAUACUUUGGCAUAUUGGAGUUAGGACUCAAAGUAGGAAAUGGUAUUUAAGUUUGGCCAUAGGCUGGAAAUUUAUUAAUUGGGUAACAUACAAUUUAUAUAUUAUAAUAGGACAUGGUAAAACGAUUUGCUUCAAGGAGUUUGUACUAUGCAUUAUAGGAAUGGAGAUAUGUAUAAAAUAUGUAAAUAAUAAAGUUUUGAAGCUCAGUUCUAAAAUGGCCGCACAAAUGGUUUUGGUAUGUUUAAAUCGGAAAAAAAAAUAGUUAAAGGUAGAAUAAAUUCUUAUUUUUAGGAAUUUGGAUCAAUAAUCAGUUGGAAGGAGAAGCUUAAGAAAUUAAGAGUGAUGGAACAAGGUUUUAUGGUUAAUUUCAUAACGGCAAGAAAAAUGGCAGAGGGAUUCAAGUGUUCCCUGAUGGAUGCAAGUUUUAUAUUUCUUAUAUCUAUUUGUAGAUAUGAAGGAUCAUUUGAAAAUAACUAAUUUUCAGGUGAUGGAAUAUUUUAUUGGAGUGAUGGAAGUUAUUAUCAAGGAUAAUUUCAGAAGGGUCUGAUCAUGGGAUUCGGUAAUUAUGUUAAUAAUAAUGGGCUUCAAUUAAUAGGACAGGUAUUGCUGUAUGAUUAUAUGUUGUAUAGUUCUCUGAAAUUAAAAAAACAUAAGCGAAGGAGGUUGGUCUCAAUAAAAAUCUACAGAGCAUUAUGUACGUAAACCAGUACAAUUAAAGUCUUUUAAUUGAAAAGAUACAUCUUCUCUGA